AUGGCGCUGAUCCAAAUGCUCGCUCCGAUAAUGGCGACAACCAGAGCCUGCGUUAUCAACAUGAUCCUGGCUAAUGAGAGUAUCGAUGUCAACAUAGCAAACGACCAAGGGGACUAUCCGCUACAUGUGAUUCCCUUCGACGAAAGUUACGCGUUGGCUAUCCUAUCAAACCUUUACGAGAAAGGAGCCGACAGGUCAAGUUUGAACCAGGCUCAUCAAACCUGUCUUUAUCUCGCCAGCAAGGCACUCAAUUUGGAGGUGGUUCGAAGACUCAUGGAUGAAAAAGACAGUGACGUUAGGUUGUUGGACAACAGUGACCUGAGUCCUAUUCACCAUGCCGUGCGUCGCGGACAUCUAGAUGGCUUGACCACCCUUGAUGCAGAUGGAAAUUCCGCCCUUAGCUUAUAUUUAAGUUCAUCUCGCCUUUGUAUUCAAAGCGAUAUAUUCUUCUUUCUUGUGAACGAAGGUGCCGAUCUAUUCUGGGUCGGCCGUCACCAACAGAAUAUAGCGCACCUCUUGAUGCGCCAUACGGAAGCCGACACAUUGGUCCUCGAGUAUUUAUCACACCGUGGCUUGGACCUAACAGCAACUGAUGCUGAAGGGAAAAAAUUCAUGCAUCAUGGCGCAAUCCAUGGGGUGUUCACCAAUGACUUUGUGCAAUUUCUUCGAGUUAAUGGUAUUUUGUACCUGGAUGUCAAAGACACUAUAGGAUACACAUCCCUCAAUUACGCAGAAGAACAGGCUAGUCGUGGAUGGCCAGAAGACAUCUAUCUUGGUUAUGAUCCAUGGCAGAAAUCAUUCUAUUACCUGGGAAUGCAUAUCGUCCGGAAAUCAUAUGAAUGCAGCAUCCAUACAUGGGCCAAGGGCCAAGUGCCAAUUCCUCAUUAUUUUUCGUUCCAGGGUCACAGAGCACCAACAGCGUGA